AAUAUCAUCAGAACUUGAUUUUCUUUAAAAAAUCCCGACCCACUUUCACUUACCACCUCCCCGCCGCCAAACAAGCCUCUCCGCCGCCUCCUCCGCCAGUCCUUCACUCAUGCCUUCAAGUUUCCCGCAUGCCAGGAAACUAAAUAAGGGUUUAGGUGACUAGUUUUGACUGAGGAUUUAAGUUAAGGUUUUGGGUGUCUUUAUAUGGGUCCUGACUUGAAUCUGACCGAGAAAGCCACUUCGAUAGUGGUUUCGACUGACAAGGAAAGCUCGGCCCGAAAUAAAGAAAACAAGGGGAUGCAAGGGAACAUCGGUUUAGAGGUUGAUCUUAUUGAAUGCAUGGAUUCUGUUGAGUCUGAGAUGGUUGAUGUUGAAUGCCAGGAUGCUACUGAGUUUUCGAGUUCUUUCGGUGACACAAUAUCUGGGGAUGAGGAUGGUUCGAUUGUGAAUGAUGAAGUUGAAUCACCUUUGCCGCCCCUGAGGUUGUUUGGAUCGUUAUCUGAUGGUUGGAAUGGACAGUUUCAGAUGGGGAAGAGAAGGUUAACGGAUCACUGGAGGAGGUUUAUUCAUCCUAUUGAGUGGCGCUGCAAAUGGUUGGAAAUUAAACUUUGUGAACUUAAGUCUCAGGCACUCAAGUAUGAGAGAGAGCUCGACGAAUAUGAUAAAAUCAAGCAGUUUGAGUUUGGAAAGGUUACCUCUGAAGGUUUUGAUGCAAAGUGGCGAGCUUUUCCUUCAAAAGCUCAAAGAAAAGAAGUAAUGAAGAGGAGGAAGAGAACACGAGUAGAAGAUACCACAGAUGUGGCAACAUAUAUGUCACAUCAUAAUAUAUUCUCGUAUUACGAAAGUAAGAAAUCCAUUGAUGCUGCCGCUGCUUUUGCUUUGGUUGAUGAUUGGGGCGAUUUUGAUAAUAAAACGAUUGUUGGCUAUGAUGAAAAUGGAUGCAAUGAUGGAUGGCCUUAUCAAUCUAGAGAUGGUGAUGAUUUGAUGGAGCAGAUCCUUCGGAAGAUUGAACGCCUACAGUCAAGAGUUCGGAUACUAAAGACAAGAAUGGACAAAGUUGUGAGCGAAAGCCCUCAAAAGUUCUCAUCUAUCAACAUGUUGAGUUCUGUUGUACAGUCUGAUGCAUUGAACAAUUCUGAAAGUCAUCAUUAUGCUGAGAAAGAUGAUCGGAAUAGUUUGCAAUGUACCACAUCCCGGCAUGCAUCUGAGUGUCUUAUGUGGGAUGAUUUUAUGCCUGAAAGCUCACUUUCAGGUCAGGCAGAGUUGGCCACUCUCCCAGAUAUGAUCAGGAACAUGAGUCAGUGUCUGCUCGCUUUUUCGUCGGAAAAUAUCGAGGCAGAUAUUCUAAUACCUAACCAGGCAGCUGAGGAGGAGUUGCGUAGUUUCGGAAGUUGUAUAACCCAACAGGCAGAGAAGCCUCACGUAUUGAUAGACAACUCGAAGUCGAAAACUGUUCCUGGAGACAACUUGCAGAUUAACAUCACCUCUCUUCAACCAAAUAUGCAGCCACCUUUUUUGAAUUCAAAGCAAGCUGAUAAUGAAAGGGCCGGUGGGGUUAAAAAGUCGGACCUAAGUGGAUGGAUCCGGAGAUCCUCGGGUUAACUGGAUUUAUGGAAGUCGACUCACAUUUCAGAUAGUUGAAAUGGAGAAAAAGAGGUUUUUAAAGUUUUUCAGUUUUGAUGAUAAAUAUAUGUAAAUGGCAAGUGUGCAUUCUGCUUUCCUCUCCCAUUUCUUCCGCAACUUAUAUUACCUGUACAUGCUACUUCUCACUCUACCUAUAAUAUAACAUCAUACAUGUUCAGUUCUUA